UGCCAAACCUGAUGUUGUGGCUAAAGUUAGCCCCCCUAGAGCUAAUAUAUAAGACCCCAAGAGGCCAAUCCAUACAUGUCAGUCACAUCGGCUCGCAGUAGGCUUCUCUUCUUGACCAACAACUACCCCACGAUCCUAAGAGAUGGCACCCAAGAAGGCCAAGAGGAGGCAGCAGCAGGGUGAGGGUGGAUCCUCCAAUGUGUUCUCCAUGUUCGAGCAGAGCCAGAUCCAGGAGUACAAGGAGGCUUUCACAAUCAUCGACCAGAACAGAGAUGGCAUCAUCAGCAAGGACGACCUCAGGGACGUGCUGGCCACCAUGGGCCAGCUGAAUGUGAAGAACGAUGAGCUGGAAGCCAUGGUGAAGGAGGCCAGUGGUCCAAUCAACUUCACCGUCUUCCUGACCAUGUUCGGAGAGAAGCUUAAGGGUGCUGAUCCUGAGGAUGUCAUCGUUAGCGCGUUCAAGGUCCUGGACCCUAAUGCCACUGGCGCCAUUAAGAAGGAAUUCCUGGAGGAGCUCCUGACCACCCAGUGCGACAGGUUCAGUGCUGAAGAGAUGAAGAACAUGUGGGCUGCCUUCCCUCCAGAUGUGGCUGGCAAUGUGGACUACAAGAACAUCUGCUACGUUAUCACACACGGAGAGGACAAGGAGGAGUAACCCCCUCACACACACACACCUUCCCUCCCCACAGCUCUACCUCUGUUCAGUCCUGCCAUUUUGCCACCAUCCACCCGCUCACACACUCACACCCAGGUCCAAUCUUCACUGCUCGCACGCUCAAAAUGAAAAGACUUCUCUCUCCUGCUCUGAGAUGCUCUGUGAGAGGACGUGGGGCUGUAUGUGUGUGGCGGGAGGAUGAGUGUGAUCACCAACAGGGAAUGAUGGGAUUGUUUUCAAUAAAAAUAAUCUCGUGACACAGAAACCCUCUCUCCAUCUCUGUCCCUGCCUCUUUUUUCUCCUCCUUUCCUCACUUCUUCCGAUCUUGUGUUGAGGCCAACAGUGCGUGCAUCGUGUCUACGCUGAGCUCGUGUGCACGAUGUAGUCCAGUGUACACGGCGGCCGACUGAAGUGUUUCUUGGGUGCUUCGGCGCACGCACAGACACUCGCUUGCAACAAGUGAGUGUCUGAUCAAAGAGGUCUGUUAGUCUCAACAUUUCAGAAUGUUUCGACUUUCUGUCACUAUAUGUUUGAGGGAGGAGUGUAAGGUGAAAGAGUGAGAGUACUGCACUACAAUAGCUGCCUACUCCUCUCUUUAACCACUUUUUGACUCAUGCAGAAGAAGUUGCGGCAAAAAGAUGAAAGACAAGUUUUCAAUCUUGUACAUUGAGGAAGAGAUGGUGAAAGAUGUUGGGAUGGGGAAGAAACGAGAUGAACAAAAGUAAAAUGUCUUUGAUUUUUGUCUCUUUCUCCUGUCUUACUGCUGUUUCUCUCCCGUCGUUGUGCCCGUGUCUCUUUUGUCUCCACUGUAACGAAAGAAGAAGUAGAAAUAAAGCCACCGUGUUUCGUA